AUGAGCUUAGACUACAAGAAAGGAUUCACUGCCUUCAUUGGCAUCGGCUGUGCCGCACCAGCCUUGGCGUUGGUGGCUGGCUUCCCCGAUGCCAUUUGCUCUGGAUUGGGUGUCCCACACGAACAAUGGACCAAAUCCAAAGAAGCCUUGAUGGGUUUGUACUUGUACACGAUCUCGGACAUCGCCUUGGGUGCCUUGUGUGGGGCUGCCUUGAUGGAGAAGACUUCCACUGCUCUAGCAUUGGGAGCGGCAGCUGUCCAUCAAGUCUCCUAUGUCAGUGCGGCAACAGCUGUGUAUGGCUUUCGCAAGGAACAUGUUGCCAGUGUGAUAACGGCAGCCAUUGCAACUGCCUUGGCAUUGAAGGAAUAG